UCGUCGUUAUGUCAGUUACGGUCCCGGAUUUUAUUGACGCUUUUGAUGCACGUUUGUACUUCGUUAGUUCUCUCAAGAAACUUAGCGUGAGUCAACAGACAAUUCUUAAGUGCAGAAGUUUUGCACUGCGAUACACAGAUUGGUACGAAGACCUGUAUCGCUGUAUAAUCGAUGUUAUGGAAAGCAGUAAUGUUUGGUCGCGAAUGUACCUUCUCUACUUCUUAGAUGGUCUUGUAGAAAGGUCUGAGUUUUUAAAUUUUAAAGGAUAUACUGAGUUUAUUCUUGAGGAUCUCGAGAAAAUCGUUAGCUUAGUCUGUGAAAAGCCUGAAGGGUCUGUUAAUUUAGUAAAUACGUUAAAAACACUUGAAAGAUGGCAGUCCAAAAACUUUUUCGAUUAUGAUGUUCUCGAAAAGGUCAAAGCUUCAUUAUUAGCAUGGAAAUCAGAACCUGAAUACCCGCCAGAGCUAAAUCUUACAGCAGCCGAGAUAAAACAAAGAAUGGAAGACGAUAGAGAGAGGGCUAAGCUUCUUCGAGAAGAUAGUUGGUGGGUUGAUAAAAGCGUAGAAGAUGGGGAGGCUCUUGCUUUAUGGGAAGAGACGUCGGAUCUUGAUGAAGGCGAUUACAUUGACAUUAUAACGGAAAAUAUAAAACAAGAUUCUAGUUAUGACUGGAAGAGCUUGUAUGAAGAAGUUAUAGCCUGGAGUAAAGAACAAGCUAAACUUGAAAAAGAAGACGAAAGAAUAGCGGCGAUGAAUUGCGAUUUUGAACCUGUUGCACAGACCGUCUUGCUUAGUAAAAUCCCGAGACCGAAUUUUGAAAAGCAUAAAGAUCAGAUUUCUAGAAAUUCAGGAGUGCCGAGUAAAAUACCAAGACUUAAAAGAGCACCCUUCAAUACACUGAUCGAAAAGAAUCCUGAAGAUGAUCCUUUGGUUCUGAAGGGGGGUGGGCUUCAUAAAGCCAAAAAGAAAUUUUCUGAGUCUGAGUCUGCGACAGCGUCCGCGUCCGUAUCCGCAUCCACACCUGUAGCAACUCCCACAGCAAAUGUAGCACUCAUAGCCAGAAAUCGACUUAAGGUCAACAAGACUGUCCCGGCCAUUGUUAUUUCCCCUCCUAAUCAAACGGAAAUUAUGCCUGUCUCGCCUUAUCCGGAAAAAUCGGGAACCAAAAGGAGGCAAGGUUCCGAUGAUACCUUCCGAGACGUAUUUGAUGAACAAUCCAAACUAAAGCGAGCCCGUAAAAGAAUGUCUACUCACGAAGAUCCUUCAAUCACCACCGGAACCAAAGGAUUCGAUUUCCAAGAGUUGUCGGACCAAAAUUCUUCGUAUGUGAGCGAGGAAGAGAAUACCCGAGAUUCGGGAGAGGUUGAAGAAGAAAAUUUUAAUAAUGUUAUUGAUCAUUGUCCUGAAUCAAAUCUUGAGUUUCUUUUACAAGCAGUCGAAUUGGUAUCGCCAAUGACUGAGGUUUCUCUUUCUAAAGAAGAUUCCCCACCUCAUGAUGAUUUUAAUUUGACUGAAUCAUGGUUAUAAAAAUAUUCUUGAUAAAUUAACUAGCCUGCAGUGAUGAUCACCAUCAUGACGAAUAACAGGUGACAAAUGGAGGGAUAUGGACGUUACAGGGUGUGGUGACAAUUUAUCAUACUGUUGAUGAACACGUUGAUUGAAGUAAAUUAAAUAAUCUAAUUUUAAUUAUUUUUAAUUUUAAACAGAACAGUAAAAAAUUUCUCCUAAAAUUUAGAUGUAAAUAACAAUUAUAGAAUCGUUAAAUAAAAAAAAUUAUAUUGUAAUUUAUAAUAUUAAUUUCAGAAAAAUUAAAAUAAUAAGACAAAAUUAAGAAUAAAAUAAUAAUUUAUUUUAUAAAUCUUAAAUAAUUUACAAGAUAAAAG